CUCGUUUGUUUUUGUUGUGGCUGUGCCUGCCAUCCCAUACAACAAAAUUGAUUCGACAAUAUAACCUAACCUCACAAUCGUAAUCAAAACAAGAAGAAACGAAGAUAACUUAAUUACUUGUGCAUAAGUACUUCAGCUUGAAAAUACUCGAACAUGGCUUCUAUCCAAGAGCGCUUGCAAAUAAAACGUGAACCAUUGGACAAAUGGUCACUCCGUGAACAAUUAUGCUUAGCUUCAGCUGUAGCUAAGAGUGGCGAUCAGAAUUGGAUGUCUGUAAGCAGGCAGUUGAAACCAUUUGGUGAACCGAAUCGACCCUCUGAUUGGUUUCAUCAAAAGAAUUGUGCCUCACAAUACGGAUCGUUGUUAGAAAAUGUGGAUACACCUAAACGCAAAAAGAGAUUGUCUGGCUCAGAACCCGUUAUUGAAACACCAAUUGAGACGAUUUUACGUAAACUGACCAAAGAUAGAGUGGCAGAAAUAGAAAAGUGUUUGGCUGAGGAACGUGCUGAAUAUUUAAAACUUCAAGAGGACAUGGUUCUACUGCAAUCCGGGAAUGUUACUGAGGAAUUGCUGGACAAGUGGUGUAAAGAAAUUGACGAAGAAGAAAAUCAAAAGGAAGAGGAAGCUAUCGCUCACACCCAAUGGUUACAAGAGCGUGAAAUACGAAAGCAGGAAAUUGAACGGGCAUGGCGGCCAAUGGGCAAGCCUGCAGUGAACUUACCCCAGAAACGUAAAUUACCCGACAAACUUGAUACAUUAGUAGAUCUGGAAUUGGCCGAGGAGAACCAACAGAAUCAACAUCAGGAAACAGCGAAACCUGCACUGUCACCCUUACUCACCAGCCUAUUGAAAUCUCCAUCGCAAGUGCCCAAUGUAACGAGCUCCUCCAUUUUGCACACGGUAAUGACUAGUCAGCCUCAGCGCAACACCUCGUCAUCAAUUGCAAACCUCCUAAAUACUCAGCCCAGCUCGACUACAACCGUUGACUACCCACAGCCUGUUACCCAAGAGCAAGCUUCCAAUUACGUUGCCAUCACUCAUGAUAUCCUGGAGGACGCUGUCGAUUCUAUACCACAUAUUAAAGUCGAAGACCUGGAAAGUUCAAUACUUUCGUCGGAUGAUCCUCUGCCCGAAAUGAAAAAUGAAGAGGUUGAGGUGAUCAUAUCGGAUUUGAUCCAAAAUGCCGAUGUUGUUUCGGAUCCUGAGCAACAUCUGCAGUUGGAUGACCACGAGGACAUCAUUACAAACUUGGAUAACGAACUGCAAGAGUUAUGUAAUGAAGAAGAGGCUGCGGCUGCUAAAGAGGCUGCUGCUGUUAAAGAGGCAGCUGAAGCUAAAGUGGUGGAGGUUGAACAAGAGCCUGAAGUUGUAAAAACAAUUCCUGGUAAGGAUGUAAUCUGUUGCACUUUCAUUGUUACGGAGUCUGUGACAUGUUCAAGCUCCAAGUUAACUCACACCAUAAUCGAAUAUCAUACAAAAAUGGCAUGUUGUUAAAUUUAAAUAGACAUC